AUGGCAGUCGAAGGGCUGGAUUACGUGAGGCUUCACGAGAGAACACGGGUCACCAGCCGCUUCGCUGUGAGAAGGGAAGGUCUGAUCCUGAACUUCAAACUUCUCAGUAUCUCUUUGGACAACGGAGAGCUGGCAAAGGCUGCGGUGUUGAAAGGUCGCCCCUCUGACAACAAAAUGGCUCUGUCGACCCCUGUGUCUGGAUUGUCUCUUCCAUGGUUGGUGCUGCUGCUUCUCCAGGAAAUCCCUGGCUGCGGGACUGGGGCUUGUCAACCAGCCUCCCCCAGCCCGGCCUGUUCUCUCCUUCCAGGGACCGGGGCCCAGGAGUUCCAGCUGCUGCAGCCCCAGGGUGCCGUGUGGGUGUCACCGGGAGAGACUCUCACUCUGAUCUGCUCUGUGACUGGGGUCCCUCCAGUGGGACCCGUGAAGUGGUUCAAGGGCUCGGGCAGUGGCCGCCAGCUCGUUUAUACAGCCGUGGGAUCAUUCCCCCGGGUGACGCGGGCUGUGAUUGGCUCUGACACAGACUUCACCAUCCGCAUCAGUGACACCCGCCCCGAGGACGCCGGGAUCUAUCGCUGUGUGAAGUUUAUGAAGGGGUCGGGAACCGAUGAGGAGAUCAGAUCCGGCGCUGGCACCGUCGUGUCUGUGAGCGCCAGACCGUCGGCCUCGUCCGUGUCCGGCCCCCCCAGCAGGGCAGAGCCGGGUCCCCCAGUGACUUUCACCUGCACGUCAGGAGGAUUCUCCCCCAGAGACAUCGCUGUGACCUGGCUCAAAAAUGGGGCUAAACUCCCAGCCCCCCAGCCCCGGGUUCUCCCCGCAAACGAGAGCAUCUCCUACAACAUGUCCAGCACCGUGGGGGUGAGCCUGACCGCAGGAGACGCCCGCUCCCAGCUCACCUGUCAGAUAGAGCACAGCACCUUACCGGCUCCCCUGCGUGCGACGUACAACCUCAGUGAUGCCCUGCGAGUUCCCCCCAGGCUGCGAGUGGGCACUGCCCCAGCGGCGCCCGUCGCACUGAACGAGUCUGUGACGUUCACCUGCCACGCGGAGGGGUUUUACCCCAAGGACGCGAGUCUCACCUGGCUGGAGAAUGGAACUGAGACGAAUCUGGGAAAACCCUCCCCCCUGGCUGAGAAUCCAGACGGGACAUACACGCUCCAGAGCUCUCUGGAGGUCAAAGCAACUGAGCAGAGGAAUCAGUCCGUGUUCACCUGUCGGGCUGUGCACGAUUCCCAGCCCCCCAUCAAUGCCAGCGCGACACUGAGACUCUCCCAGCCACCUCCUGAGCUAGGUCAGGGUCUGUUCUCCAGCCCCGCUCUCUGGAUCGGGCUCUUCCUGGAGAAGGUGCUGACAGCCGCCUUCCUCUUCUUCCUCUUCCAGAGAACCCCUGGUCGAUUUCCCUGUUUUCUCGCACUGUCGCCACCUGCCAACUUCUCUGUCUGCAGCCUCUGUCCUCCAGAGCAGGAAACGAGUCCCGAUGGUGGAGCUGCAGUGACCCCUGCUGGCCAAUCAGAUGGAGCCCAGGCCCCUGAUGGAAUGUACCCACCAAUCACUCAUGGCUAUUGAUUGCGAAGCUGCUGGAAGGAAUCCUGACCGGGCUCCCUGCUCCUUUUAGCGCAUUGGUUCUCAAACUGGGGGUUGUGACCUGGUUGUGUGGGGCGUUGCGAGCCCCAACCCCGGCGUGGGCUGCGAGCCACGAGCCUCAACCCCUGCGCCGGGCUGUGAGCCCCGACACCCCACUCCCAUGCAGGGCUGCGUGCCCCAACCCCAGCCAGGUGCGGUGUUGUGAUCCCCAACCCCCACCAGGAGUGGGGCUGUGAGCCCUGAGCUAGGGCUUCCAGGACCCAGUGACCCCUGACCCAUGUACUGGAGUUGUCAGGUGGAGCCCGACCAUGCAGAGGGUUAUCAGCCAGGAGCGCCGCCAGGCACAAGGUUGUUAACCCUCAGCCCUGCCACACACAGGGUUGUCAGCCCCAAACCCCGCCACCCGCUGUGAGCCCGGCUGGGCGCUUGGUUGUGAGCCACCAUCAUCACCAUGUGCUGACCUCAGAGCCCCAAGCUCCUCCAGCCCUGCUCCCCCUCUACCUCCACCCCCAACUCCACUCCACCUGGCUCCAUCCCCAGCUCUGCUCCACCCCGAAUUCCACCCCCAGCUCCACUCCACCUCCAGCCCAGCUCCACCCCCAAAGAAAGGGCGCCAAAUAGAAGUUUGCCCAGGGCGCCAUUUUUCCUAUGGCUGGUCCUGAGACAACAUUAGAGGGUUUGAUUCUUUAGCAGUUGAACAAGUACUUUAUUCAUUAACAGUCAGACACACGAGCGCAAACCUCCUGAAAAUAAUGGCCACCUGUACUGCUAAAACCGCUAAAAAACGAAAGUAUCUCAUGUCUUACAUUAAACUCGGUUUUACCAGUAUCAUCACCUCUGGUAUUGAAAAAUCGCAAUGCGUCAUUUGCUGUGAAGUCUUCUCUGCCGAAUCAAUGAAACCAUGCAAACUGCAGCGACCUCUGGAAAUUGGACAUCCUGAGCCUAAAAAUCAAAACGUGGAUUUUUUCAAAUGUAGAGAAGAAGCAACAAAGAAGGCCAGGCUUGAUACUGAUGGAAGUUUCCGACAGCAAAUGUCCUCAGCUGUGGAGGCCUCUUUUGUUGUGUUACUAUGAAUUGCCCGUACGAAACGCUGCAUACAGCACGUGAGGAGCUCAUUCUGCCAGCAUGCAAAGAUAUUCUGGGUGGAAAUGAAACUGCCAAAAAAUGGAAUAUGCUUUCCAUGUCUAAUGAUACCGUGAAACGCAGAAUAUGUGAGAUGUCUGAAGACAUCAAAAAACAAGUUGUGCAUAAAAUUAAACACUCUGCUUUCAGUAUGUUCAGCCUACAACUUCAUGAAACUACUGAUGUUACUCACUGCGCACGACUGAUAGCAUUCGGAUGGUAUGGUAACGCCGGGAUGUUAAGGAUGAGUUCUUAUUCUGUGAACAAUUUGAAAUAACCACAACAGCACAGGCCAUUUUCAAUCAGGUGAAUGCCUUUUUCGAAAGCAAUGGCAUUGAAUGGAAAAAUCUUUGUGGUAUCUGUACCGACAGUGCUCCAGCAAUGAUGGGUGCACGGUCUGGCUUUCAGCAGAAGGUAAAGUGUGUCUCACCUAAUGUGAUUGUCAUUUAUUGUGGAAUCCAUCAUUAAGUCCUAGCUGCAAAGACCUUGCCAAUAUGCCUCAAUGCUGUGGUGGAUGUUGUUAUACGAGCAGUGAACUAUAUUAAAGCUCAUGCUCUGAAUAGUUGUCUCUUUCGAGAGUUCUGCAAUGAAACGGGUGGUGAAUAUGAAGUUCUGCUUUUCCACACUCAAGUCUGAUGGCUUUCUAGCACGUUUUUAUACUUUGUGAAGAGAUGGCAGUUUUUUUCCUGCAAAAAGAGAAACGAGCUGAACAAAAAGUUCAGUGACAAGAAAUGGCUUCUCUGCUUGGCAUACCUAGUUGAUACUUUUGAUAGCCUUAAUGAUCUCAGUCUGUCGCUCCAGGGAAAACGUUCAACAUGAAUAGACCCGACUAAUAAAAUCAGAGCCUUCCAGAUGAAGUUGGAUCCAUGGGGCAGGAAGCUGGAUACAGACAGAUACGGCACGUUUCCGACACUUUCCUCGUUCAGCAAGGAGGAGGAAGUUAACAGUGAUAGUGCUCUCAAGUCAGCGAACAGUGAACAUUUGAGAGCCCUUCACAAGGAGUUCUCACACAUGGGGAGGGAUAGCUCAGUGGUUUGAGCAUUGGCCUGCUAAACCCAGGGUUGUGAGUUCAAUCCUUGAGGGGGCCACUUGGGAAUCUGGGACAAAAUCAGUACUUGGUCCUGCUAGUGAAGGCAGGGGGCUGGACUUGAUGACCUUUCAAGGUCCCUUCCAGUUCUAGGAGAUGGGAUAUCUCCUUUAUUUAUUUAUUCCCAGCGCUACCAGAAGCACUUUAUUCCCUGGUGAAGAACCCUUUCCGUGUGACAGCUGAGCAGUUACCUACUGACCAUAUUCACGCACAGAAACAGUUUGUUGACAUGAUCAAUGAUGAUGCAGUGAAAGCAAAAUUCACACAGCUGCCUCCAAACCAGUCCUGGUGCUCAGGUGCAAGUGAAUACCCACUGGUGUCUGAAAUGACCCUGGGAGUCCUGCUGCCAUUUCCCACUACCUACCAAUGCGCAAGUGGAUUCUCCAGCCUUCUCACAAUAAAGACGAAAUCUCAAAACCGGCUUGAUGUGAAGGACGACAUCAGAUAUGCCCUUUCUAAAACAACACCCAGAAUAAAACUUCUUGUGUCAAAUAAACAGCAUCAUCCAUCUCACUGGUUUUUGGCUGUUUCAGAUUAUUCAUUGCUGUCAAGUAAAAUAAAAUUCUACUUAAAAAUA